AUGGCUCAAAACGUGCUCCUUGAGACGUCUAUGGGCGCGAUCGUGGUAGAGCUCUACUGGGAUCAUGCCCCGAAGUCAUGCGACAAUUUCAAAACACUUGCGUCGCGUGGAUACUACAAUGGCACCGUCUUCCACCGCAUCAUCAAGGACUUUAUGAUUCAAGGCGGCGAUCCGACUGGGACAGGACGAGGAGGUGGCUCAAUCUGGGGCGAGAAAUUCGAAGACGAGAUCCGCAGCGACCUCAAGCAUACGGGAGCGGGAGUCCUGUCAAUGGCCAAUUCAGGCCCGAACACGAAUGGAUCACAGUUUUUCAUCACUCUUGCACCGACACCAUGGCUGGAUGGCAAGCAUACGAUAUUUGGACGGGUGAAGAGUGGAAUGCGGAUUGUCCAGCGAAUGGGCUUGGUGAAGACGGACACGGGAGACAGGCCAGAGGAGGAAUUGAAGAUUGUGAGCGCACGGGUGCUGCAGGGCGAGGGAGAGCUGUAG